AUGGCCGGCAGUCAGCGCUAUCUCCGCUAUAUCGUCUUCGCGGUAGUGGCCAUCUCCCUCCUCUACUUCAUCGGCUCCUCAUCCACCGUGCCUUCCCCGACCUGGCCCGUCUACCAGGACUCCAAAACUCCAGCCACCGGAAAUGCGGCCGUCGUAAACGAUGAGGUCAAGGCGCCUUCUGAAGCGCCUCCCAAAACUACACCCAACCAACAGUCGCUCCCCCCACCCACCGCUGCCGGAGACCGCAUGAACGCCACCUUCGUUACGCUCGCUCGCAACUCGGACGUGUGGGACAUUGCUAAGUCGAUCCGUCAAGUUGAGGACCGCUUCAACCGCAAGUUCAACUACGACUGGGUCUUCCUCAACGACGACGAUUUCGAUGAUCAGUUCAAGAAGGUCACAACUGCGCUCGUGUCUGGCAACACCAAGUAUGGAAAAAUCCCCAAGGAGCACUGGUCCUUCCCCGAAUGGAUUGACCAGCAAAAGGCUGCCGAGGUCCGCGAGCAGAUGAAGGAGAAGAAGAUCAUCUACGGUGACUCCAUCAGUUACAGGCACAUGUGCCGCUACGAAUCCGGCUUCUUUUUCCGUCACCCGUUGAUGCUCGACUACGAAUGGUACUGGCGCGUCGAGCCCAGUGUCGAGCUAUACUGCGACAUCAACUACGAUACCUUCAAAUUCAUGGCCGACAACAAGAAGAAGUACAGCUUCACCCUCAGCUUGUACGAGUACAUUGAGACGAUUCCCACCCUUUGGGACGCCACCAAGAACUUCACCAAGCACUUCCCCCAACACAUCGCCAAGGACAACGCAAUGAAAUUCCUCAGUGACGACGGCGGCGAGACGUACAACAAAUGCCAUUUCUGGUCCAACUUUGAAAUUGGCAACCUCAAUUGGCUGCGCUCCGACGCAUACAUCGAUUUCUUCACUUCCCUCGACCAUGCUGGUGGCUUCUUCUACGAGCGAUGGGGCGAUGCUCCUGUUCACUCCAUCGCAGCGGGUCUGAUGCUACAAAAGGACGAAAUUCAUUUUUUCAACGACAUCGCCUAUUAUCAUGUUCCCUUUACGCACUGCCCCACUGGCGAGCAAUAUCGACUGGACCACAAGUGCCAUUGCGACCCCAAGAACAACUUUGACUGGAAUGGCUACAGCUGUACAGCCCGAUUCUACGAGAUGCAGGGUAUGCAGAAGCCUAUUGGCUACGAAAAGGAGCAAUAA